AAGUCGCGCAUGCGCAAAUCAGUGAGAAAGUUAACUCCUGAACUUCGUAGUCAGAAAAAAUUCUGAAUUAUAAAAUAGCAGGGAAAACACCAUUGGGUUGACAUGGCAUUUCGCCGAAGAAACAAGAGUUAUCCUUUCUUCAGCCAAGAAUUCUUAAUUCAAAACCAUGCGGACAUCGUCUUCAGUUUGGUGAUUUUCAUUUUGAUUGGAUUGAUGUUUGAGGCAACAGCCAAGACGGCCAUACUGUUCAUUCAGCCUCAGUACAAUGUCACCACACUAUCACCAGAGAGUGAGGUGACGUUGUACCAUUACGGAUGGAAGGACUCCGCCACCAUCCUCUUCUAUUUCUUCAUCGCCAUCAUCCUCCACGCAGUAGUGCAGGAGUAUCUUCUGGAUAAAGUGAACCGGCGCCUCCACCUCUCCAAGAGCAAGAAUACCAAGUUCAAUGAGUCGGGUCAACUGGGUGUGUUUCACUUGGUGUCAAGUGUUUGGAGUUUUUACGUCCUCAUAACAGAAGGAUAUCUCCUGCAUCCCAGCAGCCUUUGGGAGAACUAUCCCCAUGUAAACCUCAGGUUUCAGGUGAAGUUUUUCUACCUGACUCAGCUGGCCUACUGGCUCCACGCCUUGCCAGAGCUCUACUUCCAGAAAGUACGCAAGGAGGAGAUUCCUCGCCAGCUCAAGUACAUCUGCCUGUAUCUGCUGCACAUCGCUGCAGCCUAUUUGUUGAAUUUGACUCGUGUAGGUGUGGUGCUCCUCUUCCUCCAGUAUGUGUCCGAGCUGGGCUUCCAUAUUGCCAGACUCUUUUACUUUACCGACGAGAACCAUCAGAAAGCGUUUAACAUGUGGGCGGUCAGCUUUGUGUUUACGCGGAUGGUCACUCUGACCCUGAUGUUCCUGGCUGUGGGCUUUGGUUUGGCUCGUGUAGAGAACCAGGGGCUGGACUUGGAGAUGGGAAACUUCAACAGUGUACUGAUAAGGAUGACUGUUCUGCUGCUGGUAUGUUUGAUCCAAUCUUGGCUACUCUGGAAGUUUAUCCGCUUCCAGCUGAAGCGUUGGAGAGAGUUCAGACACGAACAGGCUAUUCGCAAGAAGACUGCUGCAAAACAACCCCUACGACCACUGAAGAGAGACUCACUUGGUAACCAUGAAAAUGGCGUUCUUAAGGCUGAGAAUGGAGCCUCUCCUCGGAUCAAAAAGCUGAAAUCCCCCUAAGACAACACACUGACUGGCCUGAACAAUGGCCUUAGCUCCGGCUAAGGUUCCUCAUCAGCACAACAGGAAAGAUGGCGGCCGCUGACCACCAAGCCUCCUGUUGAGUUCAUCCUGAGAUGUUAAAGGGACUCAGUCGCUACAGACUUAGGCUUGAAUGCUGGAAAAAACGAAAUCCAAGGAAAUCCCUCGAGCCCAACAGACAUUUACUCUUCAUAUCAGUAUUUUUUAUACAUCCAUGCAGCCUGCUAUCCCACGGAUAAGGAGCACCAUUGUAUGCAGAAUGAUUUAAAUUGUGAGCACAGUAUAAGGCACACGUGACUCUGUGUGUCAGUGCUGAAUGUGUCGAUGCAUAUCCUCAUACGUAAGUACUGUAUUGGCUGUAGUGUUGUCUGCGGAGGCAUUGAGCCGGCUAUGCUUGUUUUCUAGUCUGGUCCAUUGGAGCAGAAAGAUGUUACUGAUGAUAUGAGCUCACUGUAUGCUGGCUUUAACGUUUCCCCUUUACCAUGUCACUGAAGGGAGUAGUCACCUGGGCUCCUCCCUGUCUGCUUAAAAUCUUCCAUUUGUCACUGGUCACUUAAAAGAUAUGCAUCAAGUAUGUAUGUUGGAUAUUACUGCAUGCCAUUCCAUUUUUCUCCUUUACAUUUUUGUUAAUUACUUUAUUAAAUAAUGCAUUUUUCUGAAA